AUGCUAAUCCGUUUCACAGUUUGCCUCCUAGGCGCAGCUUUUCUGGAUGUUGACUGGGAGGCGAGAGGAACCGAUAUAUUCGAUUCUACAGCAUUGAAGUGCAUCGAUUUGGUCCUCGGUACAUUUUCACUUGUUCUGCUGCUGUUCUCAGUUGUUUCUGAACUGGCCUCUGAGAGGCGACUGUUUAUCGAAGACGUAAUGCUACUGAUACCCCUUUCGGCACUUCCAGUCGUUUUGCAUACUUUGGCUUUCCUCGGCAAGGGCAAGGACAUUGGCUAUUUUGCCCAAAACUACUUUUACAUUGGAUGGCCUCUACUCCUUGUGCUCACUAUCUUUCGUUACUUUCGGGUUCUUGGGCGGCGGGCUCUUCUCGCUGAUACAGUGAAGCGGAAUCACCAAACCACGAGAUCAAUUGACUUCAUAUGGACAACUAAAACAACUCAGGAUGACGAGUGGUUGAUGGACGAGCUGUCAAAAAGUGUCGGGAGGUCCAAGUAUGUACGACUUCAUCGGUACAUCGCGGAGGAAGCGCGAAAAGAUGUGGAACAUGGGGAGAGAAGUCAUGACCACCAUACAAACAUGUUUCAAGAGCGGGCUACCCUCUGCACGGAAACCUUGGGUACUCCGGACUGGCAUGAAAUCUUUGCGCAGUUCACAUCGAGUAUGAGGAACGGGACAACGACGGGGAUCUUCUUCUGUGGACCCCCCAAAAUUGCUGCAGCUGUCAAGGAAGCUGCUAUGGAAUCUAUGCUGGACUCCCGGUACCGAGGACUCUCUAACAGAGCGCAGGUGAAGCAAACUCCUGGACUCCACUCUCAAUUCUUUUCACACGAUAAGGUAAACUCAGUCACAGAUUCCUUGACGCGCUCGUUCAACGUGCGCUAUGUCUUCAGAGCGGAGACAUUCUGA